AUGAAAUUUCAUUCUGAAAUACGGCAGCAACAAGACCUAGAUGAAAUUGAGUUUGUUCUUGUUACAGAACCAAGUGGGUGUGGUCUCUUAUUUAUCCUGAAUUUUGUUUCUUUCUCUUCAGGUUUCUGUUGGGCUAAUUCUGUAGAGAGAAAAAUCUAUAUCCCCUUAAACAAGACUGCCCCGUGUGUUCGUCUUUUGAAUGCCACUCAUCAAAUAGGCUGUCAAUCCUCCAUGAGUGGAGACACAGGAGUAAUCCAUGUGGUGGAGAAGGAGCAGGAUCUGAAAUGGGUGCUUACUGAUGGACCCCAUCCCCCCUACAUGGUACUGCUAGAGGGGGAGCUUUUCACCAGGGAGCUGAUGCUGCAGCUGAAGGGAUCCUCACGAAUUUCUGGGCUGGCUGUGGCCAUCUCCAAACCCAGCCCCGCACAAGGAUUCUCCCCUGGCUUAAAAUGCCCAAAUGAUGGGUUUGGUGUCUAUUCCAAUAAUUAUGGCCCUCAGUAUGCUCACUGCAACUGGACUGUGUGGAAUCCUCUCGGGAAUGGCCUUGCUUACGAGGAUUUCAAUUUCCCCAUCUUUCUACUUGAAGAUGCCAACGAGACUCAAGUUAUUAAGCAGUGCUACCAAGACCAUAACCUCCCGCAGAAUGGCUCCGUCCCAGAGUAUCCUUUGUGUGCCAUGCAGCUUUUCGCCCACAUGCAUGCUGUCACCAACACGGUUACCUGCAUGAGACGGAGCUCCCUCCAGACUGCCUUCAGCCUCAACCCAGAAGAAGUCUGCGACGCUCUGUCCGAUUAUAAUGUGUGGAGCACGCUGAAACCCAUCAAUACCUCCAGCAAAAUAGACCCUAUGGAUGAAGUCAUCAUUGUUGCUACUCGAAUUGACAGCCAUUCAUUCUUCUGGAACGUAGCCCCAGGGGCAGAGAGCGCCGUCGCCUCCUUCGUGACCCACUUGGCGGCUGCUGAAGCCCUCCAUAAAGUGCCAGACGUUCAGAAACUACCAAGGAACAUCAUGUUCACCUUCUUCCAAGGGGAGACCUUUGAUUACAUUGGCAGCUCGCGAAUGGUAUAUGACAUGCAAAUGGACAAGUUUCCCAUCCGCCUGGACAACAUUCAUUCCUUCCUGGAGCUGAGUCAGGUGGCUUUACGGAACUCCUCUGUUCUUUGGGUGCACACAGACCCUGUCUCUCGGAGGAAUGAAUCUAUUCAACCACAGGUUAAAACUCUGGUGGAAGCUCUGAUCAACAGCAGCAUGGGUGCGAAUGUGACUCUACAGGAGGUUAGUCAGUCUCAGCCUCUCCCGCCUUCUUCCUUCCAGCGCUUUCUGAGGGCCAAGCAGAUCCCUGGGGUGGUCCUGGCUGAUCAUCGCACUUCCUUCCAGAACAGAUAUUACCAGAGCAUGUAUGACACAGCAGAGAACAUCCUGAUGAAAUAUCCCGAGGGGCUUAGCCCCGAGGAGACCCUGGACUAUGUCACUGACACAGCUAAGUCCCUGGCAGAAGUAGCCACAGUGGUCGCCCGUGCUCUCUACCAGCUUGCGGGGGGAACCGGCAACACCUCUGCUAUUCAGGCGGAUCCAAGAAUGGUCUCCAGAAUGCUCUAUGGGUUUCUGAUUAAAACUAACAACUCCUGGUUCCAGUCCAUCAUUAAACAGGACCUGAAAGGACUCUUGGGCGAUGAACUUCCCCAGCACUACAUUGCGGUUACCACACUGGUGAACACCACCCAGCUAGUGCAGUACGUUCUGGCCAAUCUCACAGGCACGGUUGUCAAUUUCACCAAGGAGGAGUGCCUGAACCCUGAAAAAACACCCAACCCCGAGAAGGAAAUGUACGUUUAUACAUGGGUGCAGGGUUCCAGGGACCCAAACUCAACAUCGCGAGUUCCCUUCUGUGUCCAGUCAACUGUCCAUCUAACCAAGGCCGCCUCUCCUGCCUUCGAGCUGAAGCAGUGGGGCUCCACAGAAUACUCCACGUGGACAGAGAGCCGCUGGAAGGAUAUCCGCGCCCGCAUAUUUCUCGUAGCCAGCAAGGAGCUGGAGAUAAUCACACUGGUCGUGGGCAUCGCCAUUCUGAUCCUCUCUCUCCUCGCAACCUACUUCAUCAACGCCAAAGCGCACGUGCUUUUCAGCAGCCCUGGGGACGGAGGGGCCGUGGCUUAUUGAGUGCUUCCCAUGGGUUCAGGAACCCCAGCACUUGGAUUACAACUGUUCUGACUAAAACUGCUUGGCUGACACUGGAAUGUCUCUGCCUUGAUAGGGACACGGGUGGAUCGCUAUCCAAGGGUGAGCCCAAGAAACUGAACCCAGAAACAGAAGAAACUCCCCCCAAAAACUGUUGACUAAAUCCUAAAGAGAUCAUGUUGCUUUAAAGUUUCCAAGGGCCUUGAAUCUUUGUCCUCCCUUUUGGGCAACUCUGAAGAGGGUCAGUACUGGAUGCUACCACCUCCCAACUACCAUGGAUAUGUUUCCAGAAUGGGGGUGGGUAUGAAGCACAUGAAGGAAGGGCCUCUCUGGGACAUACAUGGAUGGCAGAUUUCUUUGCUCUCUGAGCCCUGGUUGUACCUCUUUUAUCUGGAUUAGCUGAAGAAUUGUCCGACAGCUGCUGUGAAUCUAUGUACAUUACAGUGCGGACAAGGGAAGGUGUGUUGAACAAAUAAUUAGAUGUCAGAUCUCCUCCUUUUUUUAAUAGUGCAAUACUUGGGAGGCAGCCGGGUUGUACAUAUAUAAAUAGCUUGGCUUAAUUAAAAA